AUGAGUCUACCGUCAUGGGAGCAAGAGAUACUCAAGAGUCUAGCCAUAAGGGACGAGGUGGAGAAGAAAGACUUGGGAUAUUUCCGAGCGUUUGAACAGGUUAGCCAACAACUCCAGCUCCAGGCACAACAGCAGCAACAACUUCAGAAUGAAGCUCAAGAUCAGGAACAAGGUCAACGCAUAGAGCGUCCGUCCACCUCAUCCACAAUUUCAAAAUCGCCGUCGCCGUCGCUUGUGGACCCCAAAUUGGCCUCGUCGCAGACGCAGAAGUUGCCCGAAGCCCAGCAAAGCCUUACGCAGCUCGCGCUUCUCAUCAAGCAGAACCACCAAUUGGCCAACGAAAUCACCGAGUUAGUGGAAAACUUAAACUCUGCCACGUUGAAAAAUGAGAAAUUGGAGAGCAUGGUGAGUGAAAGAGACGGCGCGGUUAAGAAUCUCCAGAGCAUCAACGGCAAGUUGAAGCAAAAGAUUGAGUCGUUGAAAUUCGAAAUCAAGGAAAAAAACCGCACAAUUGAGUUUGUCAAUGACGAGUUGCUUACUUAUCAAAUGCAGAAUAAUGUGCUUCGAGAAAAGUUGAAAAAAUAA